AAUUCUUAGUCCACAGGACAACAGGUUAAAUCUCAUUUCACCCUUUUUCCAGGCUAAUUUCUAAAAAGAAAAGAGAGUAAUUGUAACGAGUUGUAUUCGCCCGUCCCAUCAUCCGUUUGUUUUUGGUUUUCUUCGUCUGUCUUGAUUUCCUUUCUUCAUUCAAAAUCAUUUAUCCUGACUCUCCUAAACACGAAUAGAGGGAAAACAAACAGGCAAAUCUUUCCCGUGAAGAUCCCAAAGGGCCGGGGACGGGGUGGUGAGCCAGUAGUUCUUUCCAUGAACCCUAUACACUAUUACUCCUUGCCUGAUCAAAUACAAGCCUUAGCUAUAAAGAGAUUGCAAUCUGUAAGUGAUCGAUCGGUUGAGAGCUUAGAAUUUAGAUAGAUUAGGCAGAGCCCUCCCUCGGCCCCUCUUCAUUCUCCGGCACCUGAAAUCUAGACAAAUAAAGUCCAAGGUGGGAAGCUGAUAAUCGGAAAAAACACCAACCCUUUUGUUUUCGUUAAUGGAUCCUGCUUCAGUAGGGGGUGCUUCAACCAACUCGAAUAGCAUAAACGAGAGUUCAACACCUGGUGUAGUUAUAGCUACAGAAACGCCGCCCAUGGUUUCACAGCAAGGUGGAGCUGGUGAGUCGUCUUCUUCCCCAGCUCCACCGAGUCGCUACGAGUCACAAAAGCGUCGAGAUUGGAAUACUUUCUUGCAGUACUUGAAGAACCAUAAGCCUCCGUUAACACUAGCUCGUUGCAGUGGUGCCCACGUCAUCGAGUUCUUGAAAUACCUUGACCAGUUUGGCAAAACUAAGGUUCACAUGACGGGUUGUCCUUAUUUCGGACAUCCAAACCCACCCGCGCCAUGUUCUUGCCCACUCAAGCAGGCCUGGGGUAGCCUCGACGCGCUGAUCGGACGCCUUAGAGCUGCUUAUGAAGAAAACGGUGGACACCCAGAAUCAAACUCUUUUGCAGCAAGAGCUGUGAGGAUUUAUUUGAGGGAAGUGAGAGAAGGACAGGCUAAAGCUAGAGGGAUUCCUUACGAGAAGAAGAAACGAAAAAGGUCUACUGUCACAACUACUGCUGUAGGUGUCAAUCUGUCUGUGGCUGCCGCUCAAACUGCUGAUGGUGGUGUGGGUAGCGGCGGUGGCGGAGUUGAUAGUGCUGGUGGAACUGCGGCUAAUGUUGGUACUGCCACCUCCGCUUCUGCUGCUCCAACUACUGACGUAUAGAUUUUUCUUUUACUGAAUUCUUUUCUCCUCCUCCUAAUAGCCGUUUUAUAUGAUUAUGAGGUAUAUAUCUUGGGAAUUCUCUCUCAAUAUUGGAUUGAUGUCCCAUGAACCAAAUUUAGUUAAAAAUCUAGUUUUUAUCUUUUUCAA